AUAUGUUCCGACGUCCUGACGAUGAUGACGACGAUUACAGCGGCAGAAAAGUUAUAAAACCAAAACCAAUCGCUGAAAAAUAUGCUAAGAAACUCGGUUCAGAGUUUUCUACCGGAAAGACAUUUGUAACCGGAAGCGAUAAAUCUCAAAAAGAUUUUUACGGCAGUCAACAAGUUAGAAAUGAUGUUAUGAAGUCAUCAGAUUCUGGAGGAGCUCCACUUACUGAAGAUGAAAAGAACAAAUUGUCAGCGAAAAUAUUAAAAGCAGAAAUGAAAGGAGAUACGGAUCUCGUCAAAAAAUUGAAAAGAAAACUCGAAUCCGGAAUUUCUGGCGACGACGAACCACCCAAAUCAAAAUCAAAAGAAGUAACAAUGAUGAGAAGGGACCGGGAAGGAAAUAUCUUGCCAGCAAGUAGUAGAAGAUCCGAUUCUGACAGACAUGGAGAGGGCUCUUCAAGAAUGCGACGCGAAUAUGAAAAAUCACAAGAUUUAGAUUCGAUGGUCAGAGAGGAGAAGACAGGAACAGCUGGAGAUCAACUCCGUCUUUUUGAACGUUCAUUAAUUAAAAGCUCCAAAAUCCGCCGUCAUGAUGAUGAAAGCGUGGACGAUAUUGCUGAAAUGCAAAAAGGAAAAAAGAAAUCCGAUGAAAAAGACAAAAAACGGAAAGAAAAGGAGUCCAUAAAAGAACACAAGCGAAUCGAACGUUCAUUUGACGACUGCUCCAGAUGUAUUGAUAGUUCAAGAUUAAAGAAACAUAAUAUCAUUGCUGUUGGGAUUAACACAUAUUUGGCAGUUGUCGAAUGGGAUGGACUGGACGAUGAGCAUUUGAUCAUUGUGCCAACUCAACACUGUUCCAGUACAAUUCAAUUGGACGAAAAUGUGUGGGAUGAGAUGAGAUUAUGGAGAAAAGGUCUCGUCGCCGUCUGGAAGUCUCAAAAUCGUGAUUGCAUAUUCUUUGAGAUGUCACGCCACGUGGAUUCGAACCCGCACGUCUUUAUUGAAUGUGUCCCAGUUGAACAGGAAAUUGGUGAUAUGGCUUCGAUUUAUUUCAAAAAAGCAAUCAACGAGUGCGAAGGUGAAUACAUGGAUAAUAAGAAAUUGAUAGAAACAAAAGAUCUUCGUCGUCAAAUUCCGAAAGGAUUCAGUUAUUUUGCCGUUGAUUUUGGACUUUCAAAUGGAUUUGCUCAUGUUAUUGAAAGUCACGAUCACUUUCCAUCCACAUUUGCUACGGAAAUAAUUGCCGGAAUGCUUGAUCUACCACCGAAAAAGUGGAGAAAACGAGAAACCGAUGAAAUGUCGAAGCAGAAGUCUCGUGCUGAAAAUUUCAAAAAGCUCUGGGAGCCAGUUGAUUGGACAAAACGGUUGAAAAAUGAUUCGACAAAGUGAUUAUCUUGAUUUAUUCCAUAAUUUGUUAUUCUCUGUAUUACUCUUUUAUUGUUUUUAUACUUUUCGCUUCAUUAUGAAAUAUCAAUUUC